ACGAUAUGCUGGAAAUGAAACCAAUAAACUCGACUGUGUGGAUGUGCAGUGUCCCUUCGCUUGUCCCAUUGACAGUUAUCUUAAAACAAAUGCAGACGAUGAGGAAAUCGAAGAUGAGGAUGAGGAUGACUCAGAAGAUUUGGGUCUAUUCGAUGUCGAAGAGUUGGGUCAAUUUGAUCAACAUCAAGAUUAUCAAUCCAUGACUCACUAUCUACACAAACGAGAUAUACCCUCGCAUACAGAAGUACGACGAUGUUGUGAACAUCAACAUUGCGUCUGCAAAGAGUGUGAGGAAGUGCCCGAGUGUAGUGAAGAUCAGGUGGCCAUUGAAAUACACAAAGGUGAUGGAGAGCCAGGAAAUUGUUGUUCCUUAUUCAAAUGUGUGGCCAAGCAGCAAUGUGUCAUGGGUGUGAAACAGACCUACUGGAAGACUAAAUGUCUUAAAUGCUCCUGCUUUGGUGAGAGAGAAAUGUGUGAGGAUCAUUGUCCCCCGGAAGAUGUCAUACAGAAUUGCUUUUCCGAUUACCAUCAGGAAAUGAUGUCGAAUGGUGAGACCUGGAUGGAGGGUAGUUGUGUCAGUUGUUCAUGUGAUGAAGGCGACAAAAGAUGUGUGACCCCGAUAUGUAAAAGCUUGGAUUGUAAAAACAUCAUAACGGCUGAAGACGAAUGUUGCCCACGUUGUGCUGAGGCAGGUGAUGAAGAAGUGGAGGAAGACGUAAACGAAGUGGUAUCUAUGCCCGAAGAAGUGGAAAAAGAACCUGCAAUGGAGAAAAAUACAAGUACCAAGGUCAAUGCGACUCCUAGCUCGAUUAGUUCCACCGUUAAGGAGACAAUGGUUGAUGAAGUAUCAAACAGUGAAGCUGUAGCAGAUCAGACAACAUCAUCGGCAGCAACUACGACACCAACCAGUUAUGAUGUUGAUGGUAAUACAACCCUGGAUAAAUCAUCAACGGUGGAGUAUGUAGAAAAGAACUAUACGGCUGUGACUUUGUCCACAAACUCAGAUCAGUCGACAGAAUCUUCUAGUACCUUGGCUGCCAGCACAUUCAACAUCACCACAAUUUCGAGUAGCUCUAUGGAAACAACAGAAAAGACCCCAACCUCAGAGAAUGUAGAAAUUUCCACAUCCACCAUGACCGAAACCAGUGAAGCGUAUAAUUCUUCCACACAAUCAUCUUCCACACAAGAUGAAAAUGAUACCACAACCGACAAAUCAGAAUCGGAAGGCCAAUUGUCAAAUGCCACAUCAUCUACCGAGACAUAUUCAACUCAAACUUCUACGGAUAGCAGUUCAACGCCAUUGGCAAAUUCCAGCUUAUAUAACAGUGUCUCCACGUCAAACAUUGAGAGUUCUACAGCAACCGAAAACACUGUUGCUGAAAUGGAAUCAGAGAAGGAGAUUUCGUCAUCGACAGCAAAAAGCACCACUCCAGAUAAUUCUAACUCCACCCAAACUUUAACAAAAUCCACUUCAACCAAUGAACAGGAAAACAGCUCUGCAGUAUCCACUCAUAAAUAUGCUCAGGAACCUGAUGAAGAAACAUCUACCGUUAACUCUACAACCGAGACCACCCUCAACACCUCAACCGAAAAGAUCUCAACCAGCGUACCUUAUACUCCUAGCCCAGCAAGCUCAACUCAGCCCUCAACUUCCUCACCAUUAACCGAAACUGCACUCAACACGGGCACUGACAGAUCUUCAUCAACCACUCAUGAAGUUCAUGUAAGCAGCAGCAGCACCACAUCCUCAACAUCAGCACCUGAGCUCUUGGAACCUCUGCGACAACGCGAAGCCUCUCCCUUCGAGGAUGCCGAUUUCAUCAAUCAAAGCACCCAACAUCAAAGGCGUUCUGUUUUCGAUGUAACCGAUUAUGCCAUGAUUGCCUUCGUCAUUGGUACCCUACUCGUCAUAGCUUUGUGCCUCAUAGUACGCUGUACAAAAAAUCGCAAGAAGAUGUACUGCAGUAUACCCAAUUCGGAGACAAGCCUUAGUCAAAAUUCCACUCACACUAUGAUGACGGUGUAG